UUUCCAACUACUAUGAGAUGGCUGGGUCUCUGAGGUUAGGGUUUAGAACGGGCCCUUCCCCUCUCUCCUCCUCUCCAUGUUCUCCCCAGGGUCCUAAGGGCCACGGUCUGUGGACAGGAGUUGGGAUAGGUUUAUAUUAGGUUUGUGUUAGGUUUAGAUGAGGGUUAGAGGUUAUGCCUAUAAUAGUGUUUUGUCUCCCCAGGGUCCUAAGGGCCACAGUCCAUGGACAGGAGUGUCCCAGUUCCUCCAGACCUCCCAGAAGAUCAUCCAGUUUGCCUCAGGACAGGAGGCCCAACCUGGGGACACCAUCAUCUACGUAGCCGGGGCCUUCGACCUCUUCCACAUUGGUCAUGUUGACUUCCUGGAGACGGUCUACAAACAGGCUGAGAGGCCUUACGUCAUCGUGGGACUGCACUUUGACCAGGAAGUGAAUCGCUACAAAGGGAAGAACUACCCAAUCAUGAACAUCCACGAGAGAACCCUGAGUGUCCUGGCCUGCAGGUAUGUAUCAGAGGUGGUGAUUGGGGCUCCCUACGCUGUGGGUAAAGAUCUGCUGGACCACUUCAAGGUGGACCUGGUGUGUCAUGGGAAGACGGAGGUGUUUCCUGACAGGGACACUGCAGACCCUUAUGCUGAGCCUAAGAAGAGAGGUAUCUUCCGUACAGUAGACAGUGGUAACGGUUUGACCACCGAUGACAUCGUACAGAGAAUCAUCAAGAACCGGCUGCAGUUUGAGGCAAGGAACCAGAAGAAAGAGGCCAAGGAGAUUGCGGUGUUUGAGGCGAUGAAAAGCCAGGCAGAGGGAGAGCAGGCCGGGGACACGGCCCAGGCAGCACAGUAACCAGAUCAAACCAGACCCAGCUGUCCCAAAACUGAUCCUAAACCAGAGUUUCUCAAACUAGAGAAACUCUGAAAUAACUUUUUUUUUUUUUUAAAUUGCGUUUGGUUCAUAGAACUGGGGUUAUGUCAGUAACCUCCGGUUGCUGCAAGAUGCCGUUGUCAUAGUGAGAGCGGUUUUGGUUUUCUUUCUUCCUAUCUUUUGAACGGUUUAAUCUCCGGUUUCCCUCCACAAUGCCCAGAAGCCUCAGAACAGAGUGGACAAGAACAGGCACUAAAAUCAGACUGGAGGAAAAACAACAAUCACUGGUGUUAUUUUCUACUCAGCAGAUCAAACUAAACGAUUGGCUGAUGCUCUUCUGAUCUUCCCAAUACCUUUCUGAUGCAUUUGUCACUUCAAACGAUCCUUCAUAUUGAAACACUGUCAAAUGUACUGUCAACUGAUUUGUAAUAGUCGGUUAUAGUCCCAGUUUAAGAACCAAACAUUGGCUGUUGAUUUCAUCACCUUUUUUUUUAAAUGACAAAAUGGGGUCACGGAACAAAAUAUUUUGGGAACCCCUGUCCUAACCAGUUCUAAAUGGUUCAAACACGACCCGGACCGGGUCAGACUGAACCCAGCCAGCCCAAACCAGUCUAGUCCUACUACAUGUACUGUAUACACAUCCUUUAGUGAAGCAUUGCCUGCUAGCCCGUCCUAGACCGGCUUUACCCCCCCCAGUCCACAACGGGACAAACUCACUCCACCGACGGCCGAGUGUCUGCGGGUUUUCACUCCUCCCUUGUACCUGAUUGAUUGAAUUAAGGUCAGUAAUUAGUAAGGAACUCCCCUCACCUGGUUGUCCAGGUCUUAACUGAAAGGAAUAACCAGCGGACACUAGGACCUCCAUGAAAUGAGUUUCCACCCAAACCGGAUCAGACCAGAUCGAACUGCAGAAACAGACUUUAACCAAGACACCUCCUCUCCUUCACCGCCUAAGGAGAACACAAAAAUAACCCUCUUCCCCUGUCAGUGGAGGCUGCUGAGGGGAGGACGGCCCAUAAUAAUGUCUGGAGUGGAGUAUCUGGAAUGGACUGUGUUAAAUCUUAUCCCACUUUCAGGCAGAAAGAAAGGAGGAGAAUCCGAAGUGUGACUGAUGAAAAAGAACAUUGAGAGACUUGUGAAGAAGAGAGGAAAGUCUAUGUAGUUGUGUGUGUACUGUCUAUUUAGUAGUGCCUUCUAGUCUGAUCUACCAAAUGGCACACUAUUGCCUAUGGACCCUGGUCAAACGGCCGCUGACCCCAGGCCUGCCGUUACGGCCGCUGACCCCAGCCCUGCGCUUACGGCCGCUGACCCCAGCCCUGCGCUUACGGCCGCUGACCCCAGCCCUGCGCUUACGGCCGCUGACCCCAGCCCUGCGCUUACGGCCGCUGACCCCAGCCCUGCGCUUACGGCCGCUGACCCCAGCCCUGCGCUUACGGCCGCUGACCCCAGCCCUGCCCUUACGGCCGCUGACCCCAGCCCUGCCCUUACUUCCGCUGACCCCAGCCCUGCCCUUACGGCCGCUGACCCCA